CUUUCAAGAAAAUUAAAAUUUUUGAUAAGAGCAGACAUGUGGAUUAGUUUCUUAUUUUCUUUAAAUAAAAACAAUUCAUUUUCCCAAACUUUUCGGCCGCCUUUUGGAUAAAAAAUGUGGGGUUCAAAUUUUUUCAAAAUUCAAAACAAUAGCCAAGGCAAUCAUCAACCAACAUUUCCAAAUUUUGAAUUUACUUCUGCUGAACUUUAUCCACGAAGACGUCAUACACAAUUUUACUAUCAAGCAUCUAUUCCAGAAGAAUUCCAAAGUCGAAGCUUUGAACAUCCUUCCAAUCUUAACGUUUCCGAUCCUCUUUGUAAUGAAGAAGAUGAUAAAAAGGAAAAAAUAUUACCACCCAAGGAUUCUUCUAUGCGUAUCGCUCGAGAUAGUUAUUUUUCUUAAGAAAAAAAAUAAAAGAAAA